CACCAGCGGUACCCCCACCAUUUUUGAACAUACGACAGGAUACGGCUAGCACCGAAAGCAAGGACACACUCACGCCGUUAGAUGGAGCCGACGAAAGGACGCUCGUUGGUGAAGAAUCGGUUGACGAGUUGGUCGACGCUACGAGCUAUGAGGGACUGCGGCAGCGGACCGGACGACGGCGUAACUCGUCCAUGUGUGGACCCGGUUCUGGGGCAGUCUCGGCCGGUGCAUCUAGGGAUGGACCGGGUCUGGUAGGCCAUAGUGGACGACGCAAUUCGGAGAGUGCUUCUGGUGGUGGGCUCGAUAUCAACCGUUCGCAGACGAGUCUUUAUCAGCAUGGUUUUUCGAAGCGACAGCACAGCAUCACCCAGUCAGAGCCGGACAGUGGCAAUGAGCAACCUGUUCAACGUCCCACGCCGAAGGGACGACAUUUGUUACUGCAGAUACACACGGAAUACACGUCUAUUACGGACGAACUGGAAAGUGUUUGCCACAUGAUUGCAUCGCCAACGAGCUCGCUAAGAGAGCCUGAGCUCUCCAAUCCACAAUUCGCCGUAAUGAUUGAGAAAAAGCAUCUGAAAGAGUGCGAAGAUCGAGAUUACAAGAUGAUGGAAGCACUGCUGCAAACGCGCUGCUCGAUGGAUGACAGUGACGAUUACUUCGAAGAUUCGGCGGCCGAGGAGCAUGGACCGAGAAAAAUGCUCCGACGCGAAACAGCCAUUGAGCUGCCCGUGACGCCCUCUAAAUCGAACAUUGUAUCGCUGGCGGACAGUAGUCAGGGAAAUGAAGAUUUUGCGCUGAAAAAUGAACGGGCACCGCUAUCGAACAGGAACUCGUUGCGUGACUCCAAGAACUCCCCGCUAUCCAUGUCCAGCCAGAACUCGCCACGGAACUCGCAGUACAUGCAGGCUGCAUACCUGAAUCCAUCCGCGUUCGAUGCGGCCAGCAGGCUGUAUAAGAAAUCGUGCGAAAGCUUACAGAAGAACUCCAGCACCGAUACCGAGUACUCGCUGCAACCGUAUCGCUUCAUCAAGCAGAGUUCGAACGAAACAAACAGUUCGUUCAACAUCGACAACUCCUCCCUCACGAACGAUCUGUCGAUCGACGGUGAGACGAGUCUUAAUUCGACCGUCAUCGAAAUGGUUUCAGGUUCGACGAUAAACGUUCCAGCGCCGGUCGCGACGCCCGGUGCAUCGGACGCGGAUCGUGGCGCAGGUUUCCAAACCAAACGCACCUCAUCUUAUGGCAGCGCGGCACAGCCAGCGGAACCACGUGGUGCUGGGUGUUUGAAGAAGCAGUUUAGCAUAGAGAAGACAGGUGGAACCGGGGAGCGGUCCGGCUCGAUUUCGGAGGGUACGGAGCGAGCCGGUCCGGUGCCGUCGGGAUUGGCAGUGCCGACCAAACCACCUCGCACGACUCGGUUUAGUGAUAGUUUGAGCUUGAUGGGGACGAAGAGUGUACUAAGCCUGCUGAAGGAGAGCAGCUCCACCAGUACGGAGGACACACAGAACGAACAUCGCGAUGCAGCCACCAUACCGUGCAUUAGCACGAACCUGGUGCAGGACGAAAUUGCCAAGCUGUCGUCUAACAUUAAGAGCAGCACGGACGAGGACACAGAACCGCCAAUCAAUGAAACCAUGUGCUGAUUUUAGUUGUGGCCUCCUCUCGUGGGUCGAGCGUGAUAAACCAUUGGUCAUACGAUUAGCUAUCGAUGGUCUAUGUGUAGUGUGCGUUUGCCUUUAAGUUAAUUACAUACAAUUUUAGUGAUAAUCAUUGUGCAUAUUUAGUGGAUUAUUAUUUUCAUAACAUUAUUGAUCUGUGGUACUUAUAUGGUUUUCUUGAGAGGUUUUUUUUCUGACGAUUUUGUUCGAUUCCUCGAGAGAGUAGUUAAGCGUCAUUGUACAUUAGGUCUUUGUGGUACGAAAUUUUAAUUUAAUAGGCCAUAGAGCGACCCUCACUUUGCUAUUAUUUUGAUGUUUACAAAUCUACUGCUAUUGCACUAUUUUAGCUCAUCUAAGAUCGGGGUGGCGAGUUAACUGGAAGUCGUUUAAAUACCCUCGCAACUUGCAGAGGACAUUCGAUUUAUCCCAGUUGAACAAUCGAAUUUAGCAGCUUAUUUCGUGUACGGAAGCUUCGAUUGUUUGAGGGCUAAUGAUCAUACUUCAAAUGAGUGGGGCGUAGCGACACUCUUAGAUAAGCAUCUUAUUUUCAAUAGAUAUCAACAUAUUUAUUUGACUUAUGAAUGAAGCUGCUUCGAGUAAGCAAAGAAGUGAGAGAUGGAUAAAAUACAAUCAUUUAUCAUAUUUAAGGACGGUUGUGUCAACGGGAACCGUCGCCUGUCAUGUUGGCAAAGAAGACUAGCUAAUUUUGAAAGUAUUUGAUUGAAUAGAAAUGUUAUCGAACGUAUCUCAAGAUAAUUUAUCUUUGCCCCUGUCAGCAAUUGUUGCGUACUGAAUCAUUCAUUAUGCUGGUACGUUUUUAGUACCAAUCCAUGAUAGUUUACGUAAUAUUGCUAGUAAAAAAGCUUCUGAUGAACCCGUCUUCGUCUUCAACUCUUCGUCAAGAAAUGUAUAAAUUAACUCGUUUGUUAAUACUGACACAGUGAAGCGCUAUGGAGUGUUACGUUGUUAAUAUGCAAAAUUAGAAUAGAGGGUUUGAAGACAACAAAAGAUUGUAGCAUAAAUCUGAUUGUUUCGCCAUACCGUAUGUGAGAUGUACUAAAAUCAGACAAUAUUAUUGAAAUAAAUGUUAAAAGGGUGAUGCGGUGUGAUAGACAGACAGCUUUGGAUGCUGCAGUGUCCGAUUAAUUGGUUGGAUAAAAGUAGCAUACUUGAAGGGAAUAUUGAGCGUGUAUAUGUUGAUAGAUGAAGUAAUCGAUAAUCGCCAAGGGAGUAUCGCUUUUGAAAGCGGUUUGAGUGAAUAAUUACGAAACGAUAAAUAAAAAUUGGAACAACUCCAGUAAACA